ACACACACACACUUUUAUCUCAUGUCAAAGUGACUGAAUUUACAGUGCACCUAGCACUCAGGCUACACGCUGAGUGCCGAUGUUAGCUCACGUUAAAAGCAUCAGUGACGGAGUGGCACAGGAUACAACAUGCAGAAGAAAGAAUGCUUUCUUUUUUGAUGCUCUUCAUUAUUGACUUACGUGCAGCUUACCUUGUAGUAACUGCUAAUAUCUAACACUAAGCUGCACUGGCAUGUUUUAGCAUUUAAAUAGCUGCUAAACUACAACUUUUAGCUGAUCAAGUGACAGGAAAAGGCAUUAAAGGAAUAGUUUGAUGGGGGAAAAAAAGGAUUUUCCCACUUACCCUAAAUGUAGCUAAUUAGCCAAGGCUAACAUUAUUUGGUUUUGCUCUUGAGCUAUGAGGAGAGUUGGAAAAAAGGUACAGAAAUCGAAAUAAAUCCUCUGGUAAAAAGCUGUACAGCUUCAAAAUUCUUCACUCAGGUUUUAAUAGAAAAGUACACACCCUUAAAUUUACUUUACUUAUUAAAGUAAAAGUAUAAGAAACAUUGACAAAAUAAUUAAACUACUCAUUGAUUUUAGUCACUAAUGCUAAAUUAGCGGCUUUUUCAUCAAGGAAUGGAGGAAAAAAAACAGUAGCUGUGGCUAACUAACAACAGCUUCUCUCUCAAAUCUCUCAAAUGUUAGCUAGCAUGCAAAUAACUCUGACCGUACAAAUUUGCUGGAUGCUAAUAUCGAUUACAGUGUGGGAUGUUAACUCUCAUUCUUGCUGCCACAUCAGGUCUAUUGAGGAGAAAGUAAAGAUUUUUCAAAUGUAUUACAUGAAAGAAAGCUCAGAUACUUAAAAACCAGACCUAAGUACAGUAACAAAGUAACUGCUAUGAUGCUAAUCCAGCUAACAAGUACUAGAAGUCUCACUCAAACUGUUUUUUUUCCCCCUCAGACUGCAUUUAUUUCUUCAGUAAUGUCACAAAGUCUUGUUGAUGAAGAUACAAUGUGACUUUCUAUAAUCUAUUUUCAGGUGAGAUAGACUUUACUUGUUAGCCACAUUACUUGUUAGCUACAUUAGCCUUGUAGCUAUAUUGCUAAACUGAAAAGUUUUGCUAAUUUUACUGAUCCCCCCCUCUAAUGUUUAAUGGACAAGCACCCCAGUCAUACACUGAGCAGUACCUCAUGUGAAUAUAGUCAUAGAUCAAAAAUAAAUAAAUAAAUAAAAGUAACUUCAGCACUACACAACCAUACCUGUCUGUCACUGCGCUCCAUUUAGGAGCAUGCUAAUACCUCUUGGUUAAUUGCUAUUUAUCGGAGCCUCUUUCUAGACCCCUGUACUUCCUCUCCUUUAUCCUUUUGUGCUAAAUAAUACCUGCAAAUAAGAAUCUUUUCAGUCCGUACAUGUGAGAGCCUCUCAGCUUUUCAGCCAUCAAACUUUAAUCGAGGCCUGCAUUUCAGGAUUUUUUCGUUUUGAAUAAAAAACAUUAAAAAAAUUUAGAUGCAAAUUAUCCUACAUUAUUCAUGCCCUCAGCGCUCCUGGUAGAUUUAAACAUUUCCGAGGCCACCUUGAUUCGAGUAAUUACCUAGGCCCGGGCCGCUCCGUCAUGAAUAAGGUAUUUCCUACAAGCGCGGGCAGCGCCUGAUGAGCUUUUAAAGUGGCUUUACACUCGACUUGUGUAUUGCUUCUCCUGCAUGAGCGACUCCGACAUGCGCGCCAAUCCGUCUCAGGUGGCGAAUUCUGGCAGAGCGCAUGACUGAAUGACAGCGAAAGAGCUCAAGACGAGGCCUCUUUUCUCUCCUCCCUCUCUCUCUUUGUAGCUCAACCGAGUCUCACUCUCUCCUUUAUCCCUUUUAGUCUUCUUCUCUUUUCCAGUCGAUACAUUAUGCCAGGACGUCUCUCUCAUCUCUUUGCAUCUCAGUUCCUUAAUUCAGCUCAUGGACUUCCUGUUUGUACCUGAAAGCCAAAAAAAAUUUAGUGAUCCUCAGGAGUAAACCAAUAAAUCUGCGUCUGUUUGUAUUUCUUUUGUGACAGUGAAGGCCUGAACGUCUGCAGAGUGAGAGAGAGAGAGAGCUUUCUUUUUAAUUGCUCUACAUGGAUUGUCACUGCAAUGCUAAACUAUGAGAACGUAGUGGAGACUGGAUCCGAGACAGAUGAAGAAGACAAGCUGUUGGUGUCCGAGGAGGAUGGUUUACUGAACGGCUCCGCCAGUCCAGCCAGCCUGGCCAAUCACGAGCCAGCAGCUCCGCUAUCCCCGAGACUGGGCCAUGCCCUCAUGACGAAAAUUGAUGACGAGGAAGACGAAAUGCGGGACAGUGGCGUGGAGCAUGUAUGGAAUGAGAACGACAUUCUGAGAAGCUCAGUCGAUGGUACAGAUGAACUGAAGGAUGACUUUGACAGUAUGGUGCCUGAUGCCACUUUACAGCCAAUUGGGAAUGGUACAGUGAAGAGAAUGGACUGCACAGCUGAGUUCGAGGAGUUCUUCGCUAAAAGGAAGAUGGCUGACAGCGAGAGCCAUGUGGUUAGCAUCGCUGAGUAUCUGCAGCGCGCCGACACAGCCAUCAUCUACCCUGAGGCUCCGGAAGAGAUUGCCCGGCUGGGCACACCCGAGGGCCCCGGGCAUGAGGAGAAUGACCUGCCACCUGGAACUCCAGAUGCUUUUGCCCAACUGUUGACCUGCCCCUACUGCGACCGGGGUUACAAGCGCUUGACUUCUCUGAAGGAACACAUCAAGUACCGGCACGAGAAGAACGAGGAGAACUUCGCCUGCCCUCUGUGCAACUACUCCUUUGCUUACCGCACUCAGCUGGAAAGGCAUAUGGCCACGCACAAGCCUGGACGAGAUCAGCACCAACUGCUGAACCAGGGAGCUGGCAACCGCAAGUUCAAAUGCACAGAAUGUGGCAAGGCCUUCAAAUACAAGCACCAUCUGAAGGAGCACCUGCGGAUCCACAGUGGGGAAAAACCGUAUGAAUGCCCAAACUGUAAGAAGCGCUUCUCUCACUCUGGUUCCUACAGUUCUCACAUCAGUAGUAAGAAGUGUAUUGGCCUGAUCACAGUUAAUGGCAGGAUGAGGAACAACAUGAAAUCUGGCUCCUCUCCAACCUCCGCCUCUUCCUCUCCAACCAACACUGCCAUCAGCCAGCUAAGACACAAGCUAGAAAAUGGCAAGCCCCUCAGCCUCCAUGAGCAGUCCAAUCACCUCAACAUUAAAUCGGAACCACUGGAUAUAAAUGACUAUAAGCUGAUGAUGGCCUCACAUGGCUAUGGUACACCAGGCCCCUUCCUGAAUGGUGCGCUUAGUGGAGGGAGCCCGCUAAGUGCCCCCAACUCCCAGAGUCCCCUCCAGCACUUAGGGAUGAGCCUAGAAGGACAAAUGCUUGGGUACCCAUCUUUAGGGAACAACCUGAGUGAAGUGCAGAAGGUGCUUCAGAUUGUAGACAACACAGUAUGCCGGCAGAAGAUGGACUGCAAGCCGGAGGAACUUUCCAAACUGAAGGCCUACAUGAAGGAGCUGGGCUCCCAAAUUGAGGAGAAAAAGCCAGGGCUGGGAUCACCCGGGGGGCCCCAGACAGGUCUUCCAGUCAUCAGCCACAACGGCGCAACCAAGAGUAUCAUUGACUACACACUUGAGAAAGUCAAUGAAGCCAAAGCUUGCCUCCAGAGCUUGACCACAGACUCUAAGAGACAAAUUAGCAAUAUCAAGAAGGAGAAGUCGAAUCACACGAUAGAUUUAGGUACAGAGGAGAAGAUGCAUGAGAACAACUUAAUGUUUACAUCCUUUUCUUGCCAGUAUUGCAAAGAACCUUUCCCAGGCCCCAUUCCAUUGCAUCAGCAUGAGAGGUACCUGUGUAAGAUGAAUGAAGAAAUAAAAGCUGUACUGCAGCCCAAUGAAAACAUUAUGCCUAACAAGCAGGGUAUGUUCUCAGAGAAGCAUGCCCAUUUGUUCUCUCCAAUCAUCUCUGAAAAGGGCAUCACUAGCCCCAUCAACCCUUACAAGGACCACAUGUCAGUGCUCAAAGCAUACUUUGCCAUGAACAUGGAGCCCAACUCAGAGGAACUACUGAAGAUCUCGAUAGCAGUCGGCCUUCCUCAGGAAUUUGUGAAAGAGUGGUUUGAGCAGAGAAAGGUAUACCAAUAUGCCAAUUCCAGAACACCUCCAUUAGAUAGGAACAAUAUGGAGAUCGGUCUGCCUGCUACUAACCAAAUGCCCAAUAAGGACUCCAUGAAUGCUCGUUCCCCUCUAUCUUUGGUCAAAACUAUCGACCGAAUGACAUCGCCCGCCACCCCCGAGCUACAUAACAUCAACAACUGUGACAUCCCCCUCAGGCUUUCUAAAACACCCCACUUCCCUGGCCCCAGGCAACUUGGUGAGAAGUUGGACCACUCCAGGAGCAACACGCCAUCACCUCUGAACCUGUCCUAUGCCUCGUCCAAGAACUCCCACAGCAGCUCUUACACGCCCAACAGCUUCACGUCCGAGGACCUGCAGGCAGAGCCACUGGACCUCUCGCUACCAAAGCUCAUGAAAGAACCCAAACACGUGCUUUCUGUCAAGAGCCGGCCCAAGCCCAGCAGUGUCCCCUUAGACCACAACCCCAUUACAUCACCCCGGGAACAUCUGGAGGAGCCACUCAAUCUUGCAUACCUGUCCAAGAAAGAGUUUGGGAGCCCCAAUGGUAACCUGGAGAAAAGCACUAGCCCCAUGUUUGGCAUUAACCCUUUCUCUGCCAAACCCCUGUACACUUCCUUACCUCCUCAAAGUGCGUUCCCUCCAGCCACUUUCAUGCCUCCAGUUCAGGCCAGUCUCCCAGGUCUCAGGCCCUACCCCACACUUGACCAGAUGGGCUUCCUGCCACACAUGGCUUACACCUACGCAGCAGGAGCUGCCAGCUUCGCUGAGAUGCAGCAGCGGAGAAAGUACCAGCGGAAGCCAGGGUUCCAGGGGGAGUUGCUUGACGGCACACCAGACUAUCUCUCCAGCCUGGAUGACAUGACAGACUCAGACGCCUGUCUGUCCCGGAAGAAGAUUAAGAAAACAGAAAGUGGUAUGUACGCGUGUGACCUUUGCGACAAAACAUUCCAGAAGAGCAGUUCCCUCCUAAGACACAAAUAUGAGCACACAGGUAAAAGGCCACACCAGUGCCAGAUCUGCAAGAAGGCGUUCAAGCACAAGCACCACCUGAUUGAGCACUCGCGCCUGCACUCGGGCGAGAAGCCAUAUCAGUGCGACAAGUGCGGCAAACGCUUCUCACAUUCGGGCUCGUAUUCGCAGCACAUGAACCACCGCUACUCCUACUGCAAACGGGAGGCCGAGGAACGCGAGGCGGCUGAGAGAGAGGCACGUGACAAAGGGCGCCUGGAACCCAGUGAGCUCCUCAUGAACCGGGCCUUUCUUCAGGGCCUGACGUCUCCUGGAUACCCUGAGCACCAAGAGCGUGAUCCCAUCCUGCGCGACGGCAUCAACGGCGGCACCAAAGAGCCGGACAGAACCUAUGGCAAGCUAGGGCGCAGGGAGGACGAGUUUGAGGAGGAAGAAGAAGAGGAGAGCGAGAACAAAAGCGUAGACACGGACCUGGACACAGCGCGGGAUGAAGAGGAGAAUGGCGAGCACUCGAUGGACGACAGCUCGCUGGAUGGCAAAACCAAAUCGGACCACGAGGACAACCCUGAGGAUGGUGUCUAAUAAGACUACUGUGUUGUGUUCUAUAAGCUGCCCCUCCACGUCUUUUCAUUUUCAGUUGACUUUUUUCUUUGGUGGCCACCUCAACAGACGUGCUUCUGGAUUUGUGCCAGACUGAUAAAAAAAAAAAAAAAAGAAGGAAUCCAGUCAGGGAGGGGAGGGGGAAACGGGUGAGAAGCUGCAUUAUGCAAAAAUGAAACAAAUUAAAUAUGUUUUUUUUUGUUUGUUUGUUUUUUUUAAUGUACAGUAUUAAGGCCUAAAAACUAUGUGUGGUGCUACCAUCUUAAAAAAAAAAACCUGUGUUCCAUAGUAUUUAUAGCACAAAACUAGUAACUUGUACAAAAAAAAUUGCACUCUGCUUCUAUAAUCACUACAAAAAUAAUAAAAAAGUAUUGCCUAUGUAUAUUUAUAGUGUUGAAAAAAAAAAAAAGAAGAGGCUGCAGCGUGUUUGCUGCAGGUUGUCAGUAUUAUGAAUUCUCUCGCUCCCACUGUGCCCUUUGCCGUUCUUCACCCCGGUGUUUUCUCAGCUAGCCACAUGUUUUUAGGCCUCCACAAUUUUUACUCAACAUGAAGGAACUUAAAUCGAUACCGGUUCGGGGUUUUUUGAAGUCUUAACCAGACUGUGUAGAGCAAGUGAAACGGUCCAGAGUGGAGACAGAUGAAGGAAGAAGGCACUGAUGAAGGAGAAAGCCUUUGUAAAGUCGUUUUCUUUUGUAUUAAGAGAAGAUUAAGAAGAAAAAAACAAAGCCUUAUAUGCAAACCUUUUAAUCUGUGUGUUUCUACAAGUGCCAUCCUUGUACAGUGUUAAAGGAGGAUGGACGUGGUGUUGCUCGCACCAGCAUCAGCGUUCAGAUGAAGAUUUCUCCUCCUCCUCCUCCUCCUCCUCAGUAUUAGCAGAGUAGGCACUCAUUUUUUAGUUUACAUCAUGUUUGUGCAAUUUUCAGUUUCUUUUAAAAAAAUUUUAUCAGUAUUACGCCAAACCAUUUCUCUCCAACAAAAGAAAUUGAUUCAUUUUAUUAUGUCAGUUUAAAUAACAUUUUAUUUAUGUGGCCCAUUUUGUAUUUCCUAAUUUUAUUUAUUUCAUACUGUAGUGUACAGUAUUAUAGUUCUUCAAUAUAUAGAUAUAUUUUAGUAAAAAUGAAACAUGAUCACUUGGGCAAAUUUUACGUAAAGAGAGCAUUUAUUGUGUUUUGAGACAUUAAUUGUGAAAUGCGAAUUUUCAGCUUCUUUUUCUUGUUUUUUUUUUUUCUUUUUCUUUUUCCAGUUUACUGGAAAAAUUCCAAAUUUGGGAACUUUUUAUACAAUAUUGUGAAACACUGUAUUUUCGACUGAGAAAAAAAAAAAAUAUUCCACUUUCUUCAUCUUGUUUUUCUUUUUUUUAAAUAAAAAAAAUGAAGAGGGACUGUUAAAAUAAAUACAAUGUAUUAUACCAUGAGAGAAAAAAAAGAAUCUUUCCUCAAAUGUCUUUGUAAAAGUAUUAUUGAAUUUUUAAUUUGUAAUUCCUCUUGGAAAUGACCAUGCUCGAAUAAACGUAGCCAAAUUAAAA